CAAGCUGGGUGGAUUUGAGGGACUUUACAAACAUAGGUGAGAGAGUGUGUGAACUCGUGAGAAAAGGGAAGAAUGAAGUCUUAUGGCACAGUGUUGGUAGGGAGCAGCACCAGACUCAUUUCUCUCCCUGCCCCCUCCUUUCUCCUUCCCAGAGAGUGUACUGUACAGUACGAUAAGUAGAGUAAGGCAACUUUUUUCGGGGGGAUUCAAAAUGGAAAAAAAAAAGAGGGCUCGCGGAAAUAAAUAAUUAAAAAAGGAAAGACAUGUGUGGACUUCUGCUCUCGGUUACGUUAUUAUUUCGAGGCUCUGCGCUAACCUCAUCCAGAGACUACCCUAGUCCACCAAGCUUUUAAACUAUUGCAGCCUUCGUUCCUAUUCCUUUAUCUAUCCCGUCCCUCCCUGAAACUGCUGGACUAGAUCGAAGGUUCCGAGAGAACAUAACAUCACCCAUCCCACGACACCAUCGCUUUUCUCAGGGUGGCAGUAUAGACAACCUGCCAGCCAAUUGAACAACUACCUGACUUUCAAGAGUUACUACAUCAACCCACUCUCGUUUUCCUCCCUCUUCUCUGCUUUCCCUAUUUAUCAAUCUACUCAUAGAGACAGAGACCUUUCGUUGGAAAAGAAGAAGGAAAGAAAAGCAAGGCGAAAAACAACUUGAUCCCAUCCAACACUGUUUUACCUCCACAUAUUAAACGCCAUCUCUUCACUAUGGAUAUUCUGGAGUUGAUUGAUGAUCGUGAGCAAACCGUUGCCGAGUCGAGUCCUCGUCCCUUCUGUUGCCCCGAGCAGAGCUGUAAUAAGGUUGGUUUUCUUCCGCCCAGCAUGUUUGCUCCCCAAUCCGAGAUUGAAUAUUUUCUGCCGUUCAUUGCAAACUUUCGUGCUUGACUAACUGAUCAUAUCUUGAACAGAGCUUCAAUCGCAAAUCCGAUCUACAGCGCCAUCACCGUAUACACACGAAUGAGAGGCCGUACUCAUGCACAUAUCCUAAUUGUGGUAAAUCCUUUAUUCAGAGAAGUGCUUUGACGGUUCAUACUCGAACACAUACCGGCGAGAAGCCCCACUCGUGUGAAUAUAUUGGAUGUGGGAAAUGCUUCUCAGAUGUUAGUCUUACGCGUUGAACUCCUUUCCUCUCCUGGGAUGAAGAGAAGAUUGGGUUAGACUCGGAAGCUAACUUGGUUCCUGUUGCCGCAAUAGUCCUCCAGCUUAGCUCGACAUAGGCGCAUUCACACGGGGAAGCGGCCUUAUAGCUGCCCUAUUGACAAGUGCGGGAAAAGGUACCUUCGCUUCCAUCGUCUUCCGGGUUCAUGUACUAAGACUUGAACUAGUUUCUGCAGGAAGACAACUUUGACGAAGCAUGCUAGAAAGAAUCAUCAACUCCGGACAGAAAAUGAUGUGUCGGAUGAUGAUGCGGACGAGAGUGAUGAUGAUGAGCUCUCGCCCAAAGCUCCAGGCAAGGCUGGAUCACGAGCUCAGUCGAGAAGGUCGACGAAAGCUACAGCAAGGAGAGCAGCUCCUCCUUCAGCUCCCAAUCGCCCUAGCGUGCUGCGAACAAGCUCCUUUGCUGAGCCCCUAACCCCCCACAGCCCCCAAUCCACCGUCAGGUCUGGACACUCAAGUCGAAAUACAAGCUUUUCCGUAGCUUCGGAUUCAUAUCCCCAUUCAAUUCCGAUGAAUGGGGUGGCGCACUCUGUGCAUCAACAUCAGCCACCGACACCCCAGAGCCCCUACUAUGCAGAGGAAGAGGUUGGAGAUGGAAGAGAGAUCUCGCCAAACGCUAUGAUCCAGCGGGACGAUGAAUACAGUACGACGCCAACUGGACCCUCACCGCCACUUCAAGGGAACCGUUCGUUUGACACUUUGAGCAUUGUCUGCUCCACUCCAACCACCAACCAGCUUCUGGCGGCACAGCAGACUCUCCAGAGCAGCCCUGGAAGCUUGUCAUCGUGUUCCUCGGCAACCACUGCUAGCUGUGGUUCGGACUACUUUUACCGGGCACCGCAAGGGGCAUCUUCGAGUCACUUUCAGAACAUGGGCCAAGCAAUUUCGCCUGGGGGGAUUCCGCCGUAUCCCACACAGAUGCCCGUACACACCGGACCUUCGCAGCACCCAAUCGUGAUGUACUCGCAGAAUGGCCAGCACCAGAACAAUGGAAUGCUUUCCCCACAUCCCCAGGCUCCGGUACAGCAACAGCAGCAGCCUGUUUGGUACGACUAUCCAUACCAGCAACAACUUUUGGCAGCUCAAACGCAGCCUCCGCAGCAUAGAAUCUAUUACACCGGAGUGCCAGCGCAAGACCCGAGCUUUAUCAAGGCCGAACCAGAACAGAACCUGCUCCCUACCCCCCGAGGCUUCUGCUAGAUUACCGAUCAGGGCCGGAAAAGCUUUUGCAAAAAAAGUCUACAUAUGAUCAUUUGGUGUACAGCAUCUUAAACGUAUUUAUGGGAGAUCGGGAUUUUAUUUUCGUUUCUGUUACAAACUUUUAUCUCAGGUUGUUCCUUACCGUAUUGUUUUAUUGGCGCGAGGUGUUCACGCCUCAUCUGAGGGUGGUCGAUCGAAAAAAAAAAAGGGUUUAAGAUUGGUCUUAGCUUUGCGGCGACAACUGGUGUACGGCGGGCGUGCGUGUGCUUCUUGUAUUGUUUUCAAUGUGCUUCUGUUUUUUUUGUCCCUCCUGGUGGCUACCCUCAUUCGAGCAUAAGAGCUCGUCGUACUGACCUUAUAGCAUUAUUUCAGUGGUCUUAUUAUACCCUUGAGGCGUUCAGGAGAGCGAUAGUCAAGCAAUUACCUGUCGACUCAUCCUCCCAGCAAUAUAUCCUGAGUCUGGGUUGACGUCGUUUACUAAUUUCUCCUGUUUUUAUUUACCUUUUUUUGUCUUUACUAUUCUUUGUCAUUUUAUUUACAGGCUUUUUUUUUUAUUUUCAUUCUCUUUUUUUUAUUUUUUUUAUUUUCACUUAAGCCCUUUGUCUAAUCAUGGUUUUUAGGAUCCGAUCUCUCAGAAACCUGGCCUGAACGAGUUUCCUUGACUCAGGUUUCUUGUGUCUGUACUGGUAUAGUUGUACAGGCCCAACAUCCCUCUCGAGCUCUAUUUUGGUACAUGUCUUUUUGAUUUUGUCUUUUUUGUCUUUCCGAAUUAUCUCACUAUUAAUCCCUGUGUAUUGUUAGCUAGUUCGUUUUGCAUAAACCAAAACGACUUGGGUGGGGAUAUUUGCUUUUUUGAGUUCUUGAGUUUAGUUUUUUCUGUUCUCCCCUCUCUCAUUCCCCCCGACUACCGUAUCACUUACAUAGUUCACCAAAAAAACCCUCUCAAACCAUCCAUCCUCUUUUUCGAAAAAAAAAAAAGACCAAAAACGGUGGCGGCAGUACUUGCUUUUUGCGUUAUUCCUUUUUCUUUUCUUUUUAAGUUAUUAUUUCUUAAGGAGAUAACUGGGUGGCUGAUGUUUGCUUUUAUGCGAUUGCUUUUUGCUUUUGUUUUGUUACGUCUUUUUUUAUUAUUAUUGUGAGAGCUUGUUUUUUGUUUUUCCUAUUUUCCUUUGUGAGAUGGGUGGGCAAGUUGAAUUUUUUUUUAACUGUUUUAUUUUACCAAAAACCGAAGGAUUUGUUCAAGUUAAACAUAGGUAUUUUUGUUUUCCGUUUGUGCACUUUUUGGAGAUUUUAUCUCUCUAUUUCUUAUUUUGGGGAUGUAGGACUUUAUUUGAGGAGGACAAAGAUUGGGAGGGUAUAUCUAGCACAAAAUCUUUAUAGCGAGAGAGGGAGCAAUCCGAAAUUGUAAACGUUUUUUUUGCUUGAUUUCGUAGAUAUUUUUGUGUUUUAGCACUCAUCCAUCACGAUCUUGAAAUUGGCUUCAAGUUAUGAUGGUUGGCAUUUUAUCAUACUACGGUAGGAGUGUUUCGGGAUGGGUGGAGGAAUGGUAGGGCGUCCAGUACGGGAGGGAGGUAGGGAGAUGUGGGGGGAUGAAAGAAGGUUCAAUUUGCCCAACUGGUGCUUGUGAGAUAUCUUACGAAACGGGUCGUAUCGGUUUACGGUAUCCAACUCAUUGUAUGAUAGCCCACCUCAAAUAAGCUGUGAAGCGAGUUUUAUCACAGUCCACCGUCCUUCUCAAGUGGUAUCAAUACGGAUAGUAUAGGGUACUGUACCGUAUGGUA